GGACUAUCAGCGUAUCCCCAGGGUGGGUCACUCAUAACACUUACCUGUGUGCUCGACCCUAGAUCAUCACUUAAUCUACAGGAUCGUCAAGGCAAGAUGAUCUUGGGAAACGGUAAGGCGUUGUUCGUAUACCUUUUCACCCUUGUAUGUUUGGCGAAGAAAAGUGUGGCCUUCCUCUGCAAUAAGCAUGCUUUGGUCUGUGAAACAUCUCUAGAAAUUACCAGUCAGUUGACGAUGUUUCAUGAAACAGAAAAAGCUGUUUUCCCAGAGAAAGGAAAUUUAUAUCGUUAUGAUGUUACAAACACAACUACUGCCACACCAAUAAAUAUUGAGGAGGUUAUUACAGCAGAUGGAUGGGAAAAACAAAGAGUUGUAGUUGUAGCAAAUGGAACUCUUCCGGGUCCAACCAUCACUGCAUAUGAAGAUCAAAUGCUAGUGAUACACGUCAUAAACAGACUAUAUUCCGAUACUGUAUCGAUGCACUGGCAUGGACUACCUCAAAAAGAAACACCGUACAUGGAUGGGGUAAGUUUUGUGACCCAAUGCCCGAUAAACCCGGGACAGACGUUUACGUACAAAUUCAGAGCCAGUCCAAAGGGAACUUAUUGGUAUCAUUCUCACGCUGGGGCACAGAGGGCAAAGGGUCUGUAUGGUUCCCUUAUUAUCAGAGAACGCAAUCACCCUCCCAUUGUUCGGGGUGUGUCAGAAGACUUCAUCAUGCAAGUUCAGGACUGGAAUCAUGACUAUGACGUGGACCAGGCGUUUCUGUAUUCCGAUGCUGGGGUCUUCUUGAAUAGACAAGAAAUCAAACCUUCCAUUGCAUUAGAUGGGUCCAAAUUCAGCCUCUGGUACGCUCAAUCCGCUUUAAUAAACGGAAAGGGGAGAUACUACUACGACCCAAACUCUGGAGCACAUAACGAGGCACCGCUGGAGAUUUUUGAGGUUGAGCAAAACAGAACUUAUAGAUUUCGAUUGAUAAAUGCUGCUGCGAUGUAUCCAUACAGAAUAUCCAUCGACAACCAUCCACUGACGGUUGUUGCUAGCGAUGGAUUUUAUAUAAAACCUUUAGAGGUAGAGUCAGUCAUAGUACAUCCUGGAGAGCGGUUCGACUUUCUCAUUCACGCUAACGAAAGCAUUACAAACUAUAUGAUUAGAGGGCACACGUUAGAACGUAACAGACGGACUAUUGCAGAAGCAGUGUUGCAUUACAAAGGAGCAGAGGAAAAGUUUGUAAGGAUAGAUUCUAACAGACAAAAAUGUCUUCAAACAAACAAAUGUUUGGUAUUGAAUUGUCCAUUUAGAUUCUAUCCAAAUGAAGAGAAUAUUGAAUGUAUUACGAUGGGAGAGGUCAGAAGCGAUGUAUCAAAUAAUUUUCCAAAUGCUUCAUUAAGUCACCUUCGGGAAUACUUUCUUAAUUUUGCAUUCCCAGGACCAGAAUAUACCCCUGACUCAAUAAACGGAGUGGAGUUCACUUUCCCCACUGUCUCAGCAAUAUCUCAACCAACAGACAUAUCAAACCAGUGUCAUUACAAAGGUUGCGGGGAACAAAAGGUUUGCUCGUGUACACACAGCAUUAAUUUGAAUUACAAUGACGUAAUUCAUUUUGUGCUUUUAAAUAUGGGAAAAGGAAAGGGUUGGUCCCAUCCAAUUCAUUUGCACGGGCAUUCCUUUGAAGUUCUGAAAAUGGGCUACGGGAACUACAACUCAACAUCGGGUGAGUUUAUUUCACAAAAUGCAGACAUUGACUGCCGAGGUGGCACCACACAAGAAAAAAGCUUUUGCAACAGUGCAUCAUGGAAAGAUCCAACAUGGAAACAUGGGAACGUACCAGGUCUUAACGUUGUGGAUCCACCUAAGAAGGACACAGUAAUCGUUCCUAGCGGUGGUUAUGUGGUGGUUAGAAUCACGGCCGAUAACCCUGGGUUGUGGCUCCUUCACUGCCAUAUCCAGCUUCAUUCGGCUGACGGAAUGUCCGUUCUUCUAAAUGAAUCUUUCUCCAGACUACCUCCCGUACCAGAAGGUUUUCCAAAAUGUGGAAAUUUUGAAAACAAUGGGACUCAUUCGAAGAGAACAGAAAAAGAACAAUAUGACAAAGACUUUAUAAAGGAAACAAUAAGAAAAGAGAAAAAUGACUGUCUUGAUUCUAUACACUACUGCUCAGAAAUUAAAGAUGUCUGUGUCAACGCCCACCUUAAUGAUGUUCGAAACACGGGAUGUAGAAAGUUUUGUGGUCUCUGUUCAGGUUCCGAACCCGUUGCUCUGCAAACUUACAAAAGUGUUAUUCGCACUGAUCCGUACCUGGUUCCUUGGCUUCAGAACGGCAUUUGGAACUGAGAAUCUGAUAUACGCCAUACAUUUUGUCACUCUGUAUUAUGCGUUGACAAUUGAUUAUAUAUGAUGAAACCUUUACUUUAAAGCAAAUAAAUUUGUAUUAUAUGCCUCAGUCUUUUUAAAAUCAAAA